AUGCAGCAAGGAGAUUACACCUCCGCUUCCUAUUAUCAAUUUCCUCAUCUCCAAAACCCCAACCCCAAUCCCAACCCCAACCCUAACCCUUCCGAUCCCAACCCCAACAACCUGUACGCUUCUGCCCCUCCCUUUACCCCCAAUUACGCUCCUUCUGAUUACACCAAUUAUCAUCCUUCCUAUCCUCAAAAUCCUGAUCCUAUUCCACCCACUGCUCCUCCGUCCUUCCCUCCCUCUUCCUCCAACCCUAAUUUCAAUUUGCCAUUCGAAUCAAACCCUUCAUACCAACAACCACAACAACAACCCUAUUUUCCACCAUAUGAUCAGCAUCAAACGCCUCCCACUUACGCCCCUCCCAACCCCAAUUCCACUCCCUCCCUAUACAACUCUGCUCCCUACAACUACACCGGAGGCUCCUCCGUUCCGCCUAUUCAGAACUACGAACCGCCAGCUUACGAGGCUCCAGUGAGGCCCGAUCACGGCGGUGGCUAUUUCGACGACAGAUACGGAGGCAACUUCAAUCGGAGCCAUUCGGAUUUGGGAUCUGAUUAUUACGGAAAGAGCGGUGGUAAUUCGAGGUAUGAAGGUGGCGGCGGCAGUGAUGAUGGCUACGGAGAUGGGGUGUAUGCUUAUCAGGGAGGUAAAGUGGAACCCUAUGGGGCGCGUGGCACGGCGCCGAAAUCUUCGACUUGGGCAGCGUUUGAUGAUUAUGGAAGGACCAUCAGUUUCCCCUCGCAAAAGGAAUCUUCUUUUGGGGGUAAGAUUGUGAAAGCGGUGCCCAAGAUUGAUACCCAUGAAGACGUGAAAGGUGGUGGCGUGCAAAAAUUUCGGGUCAAACUAUUGGCGGAAAGUGGGGGUCAGGUCACCAUGGAUGUUCUCUGUCAGAUUGGUCUGGAUGGAAUUCGUAUGUUGGAUCCAAAUACCAGCCGGACAUUGAGGAUUUAUCCUCUUGAGAAUAUAACAAGAUGUGACAGAGUCGAUUCAUCUACCUUUGCAUUUUGGUCAAAGAGCCCUGUGGAUAUUGAGCCAAGACGAAUCAGAUUGCAAUCUAAUAGUUACACCACCAACACACUUUUGGAUACAGUGACUGCUGCAACUAUACAGUUCAAGGAAAUGGGUGGAAGCAGGAGGCCUGCAGAACCGGUGAAAACAAAUGACCAGCCUCAAGAAAGAAAGAAAGGUUUUGGCGAUUGGAUGAAUCUGAUUAAGCCUGCUAAUGAAGAGAAGGAUCAUUGGGUGCCAGAUGAAGCUGUCACAAAAUGUACAGCAUGUGGCUCUGAUUUUGGGGCUUUUAAUCGCAAGCAUCACUGUAGGAACUGUGGUGAUAUUUUCUGUGACAAAUGUACUCAAGGUAGAAUUGCUCUUACUGUUGAUGAGAAUGCACAGCCUGUGCGAGUUUGUGACCGGUGCAUGGCAGAGGUGACUCAGCGACUGACUAGUGCUAAGGAGUCAUUAAGUAAACCCGCGUUGCAGAGUCAUGAGGAUCUUGCCAGGAAACUUCAGGAGGAGCUGGAGAGAAAUCGAAAGACAUCAGGUUCCAAGUCUGAUGGAUCUGCAAGGCGGAUGAAGGAAGUCGCAUGUCCUAUUUGCACUGUCCAUCUGCAGGUUCAGGUGCCUAGCUCAGGUUCAGAGACCAUUGAGUGCGGAGUUUGCCAACACCCAUUUCUUGUGAGUGCUCAUUGA